AUGAAUGGGGUGACUACAGUGACUUAUCGAUACAAUAUCAAUGGGGAGAAUUCUCAAAUGCUUAGAGCAGCCAGGGGUAUAAGGCAGAGAGAUCCUAUCUCUCCCUACCUCUUUGUGAUAGUUAUGGAAUACAUGAGCAGACUUCUCCAUCAAAUGCAACUGGACCCUGAUUUCCACCACCAUUCUAGAUGCAAAAAGUUGGGACUGACUCAUCUCACUUUUGCAGAUGAUGUACUGCUCUUUGCUCGAGGAGAUACUACCUCAGUCCAAAAAAUGAAGCAUACCCUGCAUUGUUUCUCAGAUUCUGCUGGACUGAGUGUCAACCCUAUGAAAUGCUAUGUGUAUAUGGGAGCUAUGGAGGAGGGAGCUAGGCAGCAAAUCAUGGAGAUAAUAGGGUUUAGAGAAGGCACUCUGCCUUUUAGAUACCUUGGAGUUCCCUUAACUUGCAAAAGAUUGUCUGCAGCUCACUAUUUGCCUCUAAUUGAGAAGAUCCUCCAAAGAUUACAACACUGGAGUACAAGAUUCUUGAGUAAAGCUGGUAGAAUCCAACUUGUACAGAGUGUCAGCUUUGCCAUAGCCAACUAUUGGCUUCAAUGCCUGCCCUUGUCCAAGUGUGUGAUUCAAAAGAUUCAAACUGCCUACAGAAUAUUUGUAUGGACUAGGGGCACUACUCCUAGUAGGAAAAGCCCAGUUGCAUGGAAGAAAAUCUGUAAACCUCGAGCUAAAAGAGGGUAUAAUGUGAUUGAUGUUGAGGGUUGGAACAAAAUCACUAUGAUGAAACUUCUAUGGGAUCUGAAAAUGAAAUCUGAUUGCCUCUGGGUCAGAUGGAUUCAUUCCUAUUUCAUCAAAGGUCAGGAUCUGUUACAUGUGGAGAUACCAACAUCUGCAUCCUGGGUAUACAAAGGCGUACUCAAUACUAGAGCACACAUUGUUGUGAUACAAGAGCAGUGGGAUAGAAGUCUGCUGGCUAAGAAGUUUCACAUGAGCAAGAUGUGA